AUGAACUGGUGGCUGGAGAAUUUCUGGAUCCUCUUGGCUGUAACAAUAAUCCUUGUUUCAGGAACACUUGCCCUAGUAAUGUACUGUAUCUGUAAGAGACUGCUUAAAGAAGGCAAGAACUGGAGAAUCCCCAGGUCUUUGAAACGCCAUAAAAAAAAUGAAGAAAUGAUAUAUGAGAAUGUUAUCAAGGAAUCACCCAUGAGUUUACCCCCUCUGCCACCCAGAGACAUUCCAGCUACAGAAAAUACAGUUAAUUACCAUCCCCAGGAAAAUGAAAGCCAGCAACCUUAUUCAACUAUCAUGAAAAAGAAAGUUUCUUUUUCUGGUUAUGUUGAGCCCACCGCAGACUAUGAUGAUGUUGACAUCUCCUACAUAUAUAGGAAUUAA